CCUAUUGGCAAGCAAAGCAAAGCGGCAGCAAAGCUCGGCGAGCCUCCUCGUCCUCAUCCUCCCCAUCCCCACAGCGAGGAGCACGACCGGCUCGGCCCAGCCCAGCCACUCCGCCGCGAGGAACUUGAGCCAUUCGAGGUCGGCGGACGCCAUGGUGGAUCCCCGCUAAGAGGCGAGACUUUGGAUCUCACGUUCUUUGUUCCUCUCGCGUCCGUCGCGCGCGCCUUUCGCCGAGGAAGAAGGGACGAAGACGCGCAAAGCAGGAGCAGGCUGAAGGUGUUUUCGCCGCGAUACGAGGCGGAAUGGCGGACCGAGAGGCGUCGCCGAUACCGUUGGAGAUCCGAGCCCGCCUGGCCGAGCUGGAGCUAGAGCUGUCAGAGGGCGACAUCACUCAGAAGGGUUAUGAGAAGAAGAGGUCCAAGCUGAUCAGAGCGUUUGUUCCACAUGCUGGAGGCAUGGAAGGUCCGAUGUCUCACCGGGUCCCUCUGGGCCCCCCUUCCGCCGCCCGCUUCCACCGCCGGCGAACAUCGGGCACCAGGGACGAACGUUACCGCUCAGACGUUCACACGGAGGCGGUGCAGGCCAUGCUGGCGCGCCAUGUGGAGAGGAAGGUGGCGGUGCCCAUGCCGUCCAAGCGGCGAUCGCUGGUGGUGCAGACGUCCAUGGACGCGUACACGCCGCCAGACUCCUCGUCGGGCUCAGAGGAGGAGGCGGGCCCCUGCGACGACAUCUCGAGCGUGGAGCACUGGAUGGGCCGGCCCUUGCACUUGGGCCCCGCCCACCCGGGUUCCACCUCCUCCUCGUCCUCGUCCACGCAGAGCGGCGGCAGCGGCAACGCCGGGCGGCUGGCCGACUCGCUGGCGCACGCGCACAUCUCGCACCUGGCCCACCUGGGCCACCCGCACAUGGGCCCGGCGCACCUGCAGCAGGGCCAUCUGGCGUCCUCGCACCACGGCAUUGGCCACCUGUCUCUGAAGAGGAAAGGAGCGCUGAGUGUGGCUGAGAAUGGAGGCUCUUUGCGGCGCUCUUGCGAGUUUGGUUCUGACAUGCUGUGGCCACCGCCGCUAGAGUCCGACGAAAACCACUCUGGACCGCCGGACGUGACGGGCUACUCGUCAGACUCGCCUCACUCCCACACGGAGCGCCAUCCCAUGUCCAACAUGGGCACCAUUGCCCGCAACACGCAGAAGUACGGCAACGCCGAGCGCAUGGAAACCGGCGACGGCGUUCCAGUCAGCAGUCGCGUGUCGGCCAAGAUCCAGCAGCUUGUCAACACGCUCAAGCAACCUCGCCGGCCGCCGCUACGAGAGUUCUUCGUCGAUGACUUUGACGAACUUCUGGAAGUCCAGCAACCGGACCCCAAUCAGCCUCGUCCCGAGGGGGCGGAGAUGAUGCCGGCGCGAGGCGACGCUCUGGGGGUGGUCACCAACUGGCCGCCUUCGCUGGAGGCCGCCCUCCAGCGCUGGGGGACCAUCUCCCCGAAAGCCCCCUGCCUCACCAGCCUGGACACGGCGGGAAAACCACUUUACGUCCUCACCUACGGGAAGCUGUGGUCUCGCAGCAUCAAGCUGGCCUACAACAUCCUCCACAAGCUGGGCAGCAAGCAGGAGCCGAUGGUGCGGCCCGGAGACAGGGUGGCACUGGUGUUCCCCAACAAUGAUCCAGUGGCCUUCGUGGUGGCCUUCUAUGGUUGCCUGCUGGCCGAAGUGGUCCCGGUUCCCAUCGAGGUGCCCCUCAGCCGCAAGGAUGCGGGAAGUCAACAGAUUGGAUUCCUGUUGGGAAGCUGCGGCGUCACAGUGGCGCUGACUAGUGACGCCUGCCAUAAGGGGCUCCCCAAGAGCGCCACGGGGGAGAUCCCACAGUUCAAAGGUUGGCCCAAACUGUUGUGGUUCGUCACCGAGUCCAAGCACCUGUCCAAGCCGCCCAGAGACUGGUUCCCCCACAUCAAGGACGCAAACAACGACACGGCUUACAUCGAGUAUAAAACGUGCAAAGACGGCAGCGUGCUGGGCGUGACGGUGACCAGGAUCGCUCUGCUCACACACUGCCAGGCUCUCACUCAGUCCUGCUGCUUCACUGAGGCCGAGACCAUCGUCAACGUUCUGGACUUUAAGAAGGACGUGGGCUUGUGGCACGGCAUCCUAACGAGUGUGAUGAACAUGAUGCACGUGAUCAGCGUGCCAUACUCGCUCAUGAAGGUCAACCCGCUAUCGUGGAUCCAGAAAGUGUGCCAGUACAAAGCCAAAGUGGCCUGCGUGAAGUCCAGAGACAUGCACUGGGCACUGGUGGCCCACAAAGACCAGAAGGACAUCAACCUGAGCUCCCUGCGAAUGCUCCUGGUGGCAGAUGGAUCCAACCCUUGGUCCAUCUCCUCGUGCGACGCCUUCCUCAACGUCUUUCAGACCAAAGGCCUGCGACCCGAGGUGAUCUGCCCGUGCGCCAGCUCCCCCGAGGCUCUGACGGUGGCCAUCAGGAGGCCCGUGGAGGACAGCAGCCAGCCGCCGGGCCGCGGCGUGCUGUCCAUGCAGGGGCUCAGCUACGGGGUGGUCCGCGUGGACACGGAGGAGCGCCUGUCUGUCCUCACCGUGCAGGACGUCGGCACCGUGAUGCCAGGAGGGUUGGUGUGCGUGGUGAAGCCCGAGGGCGUCCCUCAGCUCUGUCAGACGGACGAGAUCGGCGAGAUGUGCGUUUGCGCCGUGGCCACCGGCACUUCCUACUACGGCCUCACCGGAAUGACCAAGAACACCUUCGAGGUGUACCCGGUGAGCGGUAGCGGCGGGCUGGUCAGCGAGUACGCCUUCGUGCGGACCGGCCUGCUGGGCUUCAUCGGGCCCGGCGGCCUGGUCUUCAUCACAGGCAAGAUGGACGGCCUCAUCAUGGUGAGCGGGCGCCGGCACAACGCUGACGACAUCGUGGCCACGGCCCUGGCGGUGGAGCCCAUGAAGUUCGUCUACAGGGGAAGGAUAGCCGUGUUCUCGGUGACCGUCCUGCGGGACGAGAGGAUCGUGGUGGUGGCUGAGCAGCGGCCCGACUCCACCGAGGAGGACAGCUUUCAGUGGAUGAGUCGCGUCCUGCAGGCCAUUGACAGCAUCCACGGCGCGGGCGUGUUCUGCUUGGCUCUGGUUCCGGCCAACACGCUGCCCAAGACGCCGCUGGGCGGGAUCCACCUGUCUGAGAUCAAGCAGCUCUACCUGGAGGGGGGGCUGCACCCCUGCAACGUCCUCAUGUGCCCCCACACCUGCGUCACCAACCUGCCCAAACCUCGACAGAAGCAGCCAGAGAUCGGACCUGCCUCCGUGAUGGUGGGCAAUCUGGUGUCGGGCAAGCGCAUCGCUCAGGCCAGCGGCCGAGAUCUGGGACAGACGGAUGACAACGACCAGUUCCUGUUCCUCUCAGAGGUUCUGCAGUGGCGAGCUCAAACCACGCCGGACCAUGUUCUCUACACUCUGCUCAGCUCUCGGGGGGCAGUGUCCAGCUCCCUUACCUGCCUGCAGCUCCAUAAGCGGGCGGAGCGAGUGGCGGCCCUGCUGAUGGAGCGAGGCGGCCUGCAGGAAGGAGACCACGUGGCUCUGGUCUACCCCCCAGGCAUCGACCUGAUCGCGGCCUUCUACGGCUCGCUGUACGCCGGCUGCGUGCCCAUCACGGUGCGACCGCCCCACCCGCAGAACAUCUCCACCACGCUGCCCACCGUCAAGAUGAUCGUGGAGGUCAGUCACUCGGCCUGCGUGAUGACCACGGCCGUCAUCUGUAAGCUGCUCCGCUCCAAAGAGGCCACGGCCACCGUGGACAUCAGGAACUGGCCACCCGUCCUCGACACUGAUGACCUGCCAAAGAAGAAGCCUCCGGCAUUGUACAAACCCAGCAACCCCGACGGUUUGGCCUAUUUGGACUUCAGCGUGUCCACCACCGGCAUGCUGGCAGGUGUUCAGAUGUCCCACAACGCUGUUGGAGCGUUUUGCCGGUCGGUGAAGCUGCAGUGUGAGUUGUACCCGUCAAGAGAGGUGGCCAUCUGCCUCGACCCGUACUGCGGCCUCGGCUUCGUCCUCUGGUGUCUCUGCAGCGUCUACUCAGGCCACCAGUCCAUCCUGAUCCCCCCGGUGGAGCUGGAGUCCAACCCGGCGCUGUGGCUGCUGGCCGUCAGCCAGCUGCGUGUGCGAGACACCUUCUGCUCCUACAGCGUCAUGGAGCUCUGCACCAAAGGUCUCGGCCUGCAGACCGAAACCCUCAAGGCCCGCGGUCUGGACCUGUCCCGGGUGCGGGCCUGCGUGGUGGUGGCCGAGGAGAGGCCCAGGAUGUCCCUCACGCUGUCCUUCUCCAAACUCUUCAAAGAUCUCGGCCUGCACCCACGUUCAGUCAGCACGGCCUUUGGCUGCAGGGUCAACUUGGCCAUCUGCUUGCAGGGCACAUCGGGACCGGACCCCACCACGGUCUACGUGGACAUGAGGGCGCUGCGCCACGACAGGGUGCGUCUGGUGGAGAGAGGAUCUCCUCACAGUCUGCCUCUCAUGGAGUCCGGAAAGAUCCUGCCUGGAGUUCGCAUCAUCAUCGCCAACCCCGAGACCAAAGGCCCUCUGGGGGACUCGCACCUGGGCGAGAUUUGGGUGCACAGCGCUCACAACGGCAGCGGCUACUACAGCGGCUAUGGCGAGGAGGUCCUGCAGUCGGACCACUUCAACUCCAGGCUGAGCUUCGGCGACACGCAGACAGUUUGGGCUCGGACCGGCUACCUGGGUUUCCUCCGCCGCACCGAGCUAACCGACGCCAACGGAGAGAGACACGACGCUCUGUUUGUGGUGGGCGCCUUGGAGGAGGCCAUGGAGCUGCGGGGCAUGCGCUACCACCCCAUAGACAUCGAGACGUCGGUCAUCCGCGCGCACAAGAGCAUCAUGGAGUGCGCCGUGUUCCCGUGGACCAACCUGCUGGUGGUGGUAGUGGAGCUGGAGGGCUCGGAGCAGGAGGCGCUGGACCUGGUUCCCAUGGUGACCAAGGCGGUUCUGGAGGAGCACUACCUAAUCGUGGGCGUUGUGGUGGUGACAGACAUCGGCGUCAUCCCCAUCAACUCGCGCGGCGAGAAGCAGCGCAUGCACCUGCGCGACGGAUUCUUGCAGGACCAGCUGGAUCCCAUCUACGUGGCCUACAACAUGUAGCGCGUGCGUGUGUGCUUGCGCGCAUGUGUGUGUCUGGAUGGUGCGCUCGCCACUCGCUGCUUUCCAUCCUUGUUUGCUGAGUGACCGCGCCGCCGACAUCAUGCGCGCGACAUCCGCCAGGGAAGUUUUUGGGGGAGCGAAGGGAAACCCCAUGAGGAGCUUCUUGUAAAAAAUAUAAAUAUUGUACAUUGACAUAAUCUAUAUGGAGAGGAACUGAAAAGACCAGGAGGUGUCUAGUAGCCCCCAAUAUGCAGCCCUCCCCCCACCCGGCAGAACCGCGUGCGCGUGUGUUUGUGUGUGAAAGAGAGAGAAAAAGGGACAUUUGGUGUUUCUUCAGAGGAAAUUUUAAGUGAUUUCAGCAAGAUCUUUUAAAAGAAAUGGCUUGCGCAUAUUUGCUAAUUCACACAUUGGCUGAGGAUGUUCCCCCAGCCUGUCAGCCAAAGUCACCUGAGAUAGGCAGCAGCUCAGUCGUGACACUCAAGCGGAAUAGUCGCUCUAGAAAGUUGACAGAUGGAGGGAUUUAUUUUGCUUUCAUGAUCUUAAAAAAUGACAUUUUAACUGUCCGGCUGCAUCACAUCUAAAAAUGCGUAAUGAAUCAUAAUGUGCUCACGGUUGCGUGUUUUGCUACAAAACACUUUGCUGUGUCUUAUAUGUGCACUAACUCAGAUGUUUUAUUCAAAGUCUAGAACGGAUGCAGAAGAUUAAAGAUGAAUAUUUAUUACGAAUAAAAACUUGAAUAUUGUCAGUCCAUCCCAAAAAAGGUGGAGGUGUUGGCUAGCUUUGCGCUGUUAGCGUAGUUAGCGGAGUAUGCCGCGGACUGUGAUGCAGAUUAUGUAGAAUAUUUUCAAUGUGUCUUCAUUAAGUCUUUUAUUUCAACACUAACAGGAAGGCGGAGAAAAAAAAGUCUUUAUGCAUAUCAGCUAGUUUAGCAAAGCUAGCAAUUUAGCGGCCGCGCGACCAAGGACGUCCCAUCAGGUGUGUGUGUGGUAUUUGUGCGUGGAUGGCUGCUUGCGUGUGUAUUGUAUGUAAAUAGUGUCGAUUUUGUACGGUACAAAUGUGUGUGACUUGUUUUGUACACAUGACUUCAAAAGAUGAAAUGACACUUUUAUAAGAGUCUUCUAUUGGCUCACGUUACACUAUACAAGUGCAAUAAAGUGCUUUAAUUGGCUAUAGAGA